AAUUAAUUAAACACAAAAGUUGUGCUUUGAAAAAAUCACAGCGUUUAGUUGAAUGAAAUUUUUUAACACGUAACAGUGCAUUAACAGAGCGCGUUUUUUAGUAUUGAUUGUUAACAGUGGUGUCGAUAACGAUAAGGUGGCGCAACAUAUCAGCUGAACGGAAAAGUGCCCAUGAAUGCCAAUAGAGGGCGACUACUUUGCGGGAAUAUUCAAAUUGAAGUUCAAAAUUUGUAAACCUAAAUACUUUUGAACAAUGAUGGAGCAAAAAAUAACACAUCGCCUGUACCGUCUAAACCCGUCUAAAACCUUAUUUAUGUUGUGCGACCUACAGGAAAAGUUUAGGCCAGCUAUACCAAUGCUUGACGCCGUUAUAAAGAAUUCCAAGAAAUUGAUAGAAGCUGGCAAAAUAUUCAAUGUGCCACUGGUGGUCACCGAACAAUAUCCGGAAAAGCUGGGCAGCACAGUUUGCGAACUGGAUGUGAAUCAUGCCUGUUGCAUUUUACCAAAAACACAAUUCAGCAUGUUUUUGCCACCCAUCGAAAAGAAAAUGAAGGAUAUCUUUGGUGAGAAGCCAAAGACAGCGGUGCUUUUUGGUAUUGAGACGCACGUGUGCGUGGAGCAAACUGCAUUCGAUUUGAUCAACAAUAAUGUGGAUGUUUGGCUGGUUGCCGAUUGUUGCGCCUCUCGGCUCAAUCAGGAUCGCGAUUUGGCACUGGAACGAUUGCGACACAUCGGCUGUACAAUUGCCAGCUCGGAGAGCGUCAUCUUCAAUCUACUAAGCGAUAAGGAGCACAAGGCCUUUAAAAAGAUAGCGCCACUCGUGAAGAAAGUGUCGGCAGAUAUGAAACUUUGGCUGCCCACACCGAAAAAAGCCAAAACAUAAUGCUCUUUGAUGUCGACCGAUUUUCGUAUUACAUUUCUGGAAUUUCUCAGUGUCUCUGAGUAUAGCUCAUAGGAAAUUAUGAGGAAGUGGAAGGGGGAAAGAUAGGGCCUUGCUGUGCAUCGUCAAAAGUCAUAAACAUUUUCGGUCAACCGGACAGUUGAAUGGAGAGCGGUUCCUUAUAUGUUAACGUUGCCAAGAGUAGCAUUCGCUGGCUAACCUGCUGCCUACUGCCUGCUGUCUGCUGCCUACUGCCAGUUUAUGCAAAAAUGCUCGGAGCGCACAACUUGUAAAUACCGAUGCAGUUAAAUUUCAUGAUGCAAUCUGUGGCAAACAAUCUGCGCUUGUUGUUUGCCUACGCGCCUCGAGGCAACAACCCAUAGCUGUGUCUAAAAUCUAUAGUCCCUGUUCGGUCUGUGGUCCAUAGGUGAUGGUGACAAUGUUACCAGGCAGCACGCGUCUGUCUGAUUGACUCAUAACAGGCAAAAGCGAUCACAAUCUCAGUCAGCCAGUAAGGCUAGCAAUUUAUUUGCCCAAGUCCUGCUAGCUGCCUAAGUGAAACUGAUGGCGAUGACACUCAAGCACGCGAUAUGCUAAAAGUUACCACAAAACACUAUAUCCAAAGCAAUUAAAUGCUCCGAUUCUAAACUAAGAACAACAAAAUUCAUUUUGUAUAACUUACAUAAUUUUGACUUCCUUAUUGCAAGAAUAAUGUAUGGAAUUAGUAAUUAUUUCACACUUUUCCCCUAACUAA